AUGAAGAAGCUGGUACCGUUUGAUUUGUUUCGCUAUAAUAGCUGUUCAACCACGUUUCGUCGCGCGGUUUGUUCGUUGAGUACAGGACGUCUUGUUAUUUGCUCCUAUGCGAAUUCCUUCAUCCGUCUAAGCCCAUCCGUCCUUUGCACGGGCUCCUCCACAUUCCACCACCACGCCACAACCCCUUGCCUGAAUCCAGUGGGUGCACCGCAAUACCAAUGCAGUGAGUGCGGCAAAGCGUUUCGCCUUCUCAAUGCCCUUAAUCAUCAUAUUUUAACGAAGCACGCCGGUCAGGCCAAAGCUUUGAUUAAACGAGAGGGUAAAAUCGAAGAAGUCGUAGUGACCCCACCUGCUGCUCAAGUGUCUCCUGCGUCACCGAUGGCAGGCACAGUGCCACAACCACCCCACCUCGGCAUGACGAUGGCUGGAAGUGGGGACGCCGGGGGUGCUUUUCCCGGGCUAUUUGCCGCUCCGCUGUGUGGUUCCACAUACCAGCAAUCAGGAGCACCUGGAUCCAGCGUUCCUUCAUCACAGCAGAAUGAAGUCCCAGCGGCACCAAAGGUGGAGGCAAGCGCACCAGGUGAAGUCUCGGAUGACGAUGCCGAUACGCGUCGGUUUGUGUGUACUAUUUGCCAGAAGACAUUUCGUCUUGAGGCCGCGCUGCAGCACCACUACCAGGCGAAACAUAAUAUGGAAAUGCCCCUUCCCGUUUCUGGAAGUGGUCAAAGCUCUAGCGCUACCAGAGAGCCGAGUGUUAACCCGAUUCAAGAUACAGCUUCUGGCCCUAACGCUGUGGAGGAUGCCGGUACGUCUCUUGGAAACUUCCAGCACUACGUAAGACAGCAGGACGGGGCUCUUCUGCAGGCCCCACAGUACUACCUCGAUGUGGCACCGAGCGCACCAGAGGAAGGCGAUGUCGCGGUUCACUGGCGCUGUGUCAACCACUGCGUGCUAAUGGGGGUAGUUCAGGAAAUUCAAGAGGGCUACGUCUUCGAGGAUCAUGUGUUGCAAUUCACAUUGGUGACUGACUUUGCGGGCCCCGCGCUUGGGGAUCCGAACAAGGACUUUCACACCGUUCGCGUCUACGACAAUGCGUUCUGGAAAUCGUUUAAGGAACAGCUUGGAGAGGGCGACCAUUGCGUGGUGACAGGUCGGUUGCGGAUGGUCCCACAGUUUGAUUCUGUUAUGAAAAAAUACUAUCAUUAUCCCAUACUACAGGUUGAACCAGGAACAGGUUGUAUGCAGAAGUUGUGA